GGGGAGUUGGGCCUCUCCUCCGCCUUCUCGAGCCUUUUCCUCUCCGCCCCCAUCCAUCCAUCCAUCCUUCCUUCCUUCCGUCUUCCUUCUCAAAGCAGGUUCUCCGCGUCGGGGAUUAGGCUGCGGCCUGCCGACAGAGACGGACAGACAACGGUCAUUCUGGCGAGGGAAGCAGGCCCCAACCCGGGCGUUACGGGGUUUAGCCGUGGGGAGGACAAAACGGGCCCCGGUGGAGUCUGAACUCCCCAGAAUGGAGUGGCAGCCAGAUGAGCAAGGACUUAAACAAGUUCUCCAGCUGCUUAAGGACUCCCAGUCUCCAAACACGGCCACCCAGCGUAUUGUCCAGGAUAAACUGAAGCAACUAAACCAGUUUCCUGAUUUCAAUAACUACCUGAUUUUCGUCCUGACACGGCUGAAAACUGAAGAUGAGCCAACCCGAUCUCUCAGUGGGCUGAUCCUGAAGAACAACGUGAAGGCUCAUUACCAGAGCUUCCCUCCGCCCGUGGCUGAUUUUAUCAAGCAGGAGUGCCUCAACAACAUUGGCGACUCCUCGUCUCUCAUCCGAGCCACCAUCGGUAUCCUCAUCACUACUAUUGCUUCCAAGGGGGAGCUACAGAUGUGGCCGGAACUGCUUCCCCAGCUCUGCAACUUGCUUAACUCGGAGGACUACAACACCUGUGAGGGAGCCUUUGGGGCUUUGCAGAAAAUCUGUGAGGACUCGUCAGAGCUCCUGGACAGCGACGCGCUCAACAGGCCUCUGAACGUCAUGAUCCCCAAGUUUCUGCAAUUCUUCAAGCAUUGUAGCCCCAAGAUUCGGUCCCAUGCCAUUGCUUGUGUGAACCAGUUCAUCAUGGACCGGGCUCAGGCUCUAAUGGACAACAUUGACACCUUCAUUGAGCAUCUCUUUGCCUUGGCGGUGGACGAGGACCCCGAAGUGCGGAAAAAUGUGUGCCGGGCACUGGUCAUGCUGCUGGAGGUGCGGAUUGACCGGCUGAUCCCACACAUGCACAGUAUCAUCCAGUACAUGCUGCAGAGGACUCAAGACAAUGAUGAGAACGUGGCCCUGGAGGCCUGUGAGUUUUGGUUAACGCUGGCAGAGCAACCCAUAUGCAAGGAGGUCCUGUCGUCACAUCUGAUGCAGUUGAUUCCCAUCUUGGUGAAAGGGAUGAAAUAUUCGGAAGUCGACAUCAUCUUGCUCAAGGGUGACGUGGAGGAGGAUGAAGCCGUACCCGACAGCGAGCAGGACAUCAAGCCGCGGUUCCACAAGUCCCGCACAGUGACGCUGCAGCACGAGGAGGAACGUCCCGAGGACCCCGAGGAUGUCGAGGAAGACGACGACGAUGACGACACCCUCUCGGACUGGAACCUGAGGAAGUGCUCAGCUGCCGCACUGGAUGUCCUGGCCAACGUGUUUCAGGAAGAGCUGCUGCCCCACCUGCUGCUUCUGCUCAAGGGGUUACUCUUCCACCCCGAAUGGGUCAUCAAGGAGUCCGGGAUUCUUGUGCUCGGAGCAAUUGCCGAGGGGUGCAUGCAGGGCAUGGUCCCUUACUUGCCGGAACUCAUCCCCCACCUGAUCCAGUGCCUGUCAGACAAGAAGGCCUUGGUGCGCUCCAUCGCCUGCUGGACCCUGAGCCGCUACGCGCACUGGGUGGUGAGUCAGCCGCCUGACAUGCACCUCAAACCCUUGAUGACGGAACUGCUGAAGCGCAUCCUGGAUGGCAACAAGCGGGUGCAAGAGGCAGCCUGCAGUGCGUUUGCCACGUUGGAGGAGGAGGCCUGCACAGAGCUGGUCCCGUACCUGAGCUUCAUCCUGGACACCCUCGUGUUUGCCUUCGGCAAGUACCAGCAUAAGAAUUUACUGAUCCUGUAUGAUGCCAUCGGCACACUGGCUGAUUCCGUCGGGCACCAUCUCAAUCAGCUGGAAUAUAUCCAGAAGCUGAUGCCCCCCCUGAUCCAGAAGUGGAAUGAGCUCAAGGAUGAGGACAAAGAUCUCUUUCCGCUGCUGGAGUGUCUGUCGUCUGUGGCCACGGCCCUCCAGAGUGGCUUCCUACCCUACUGCGAGCCUGUCUAUCAGCGCUGCGUCACCCUGGUCCAGAAAACCCUGGCCCAGGCCAUGAUGUACAGCCAGCACCCAGACCAGUAUGAGGCUCCCGAUAAGGACUUCAUGAUCGUGGCGUUGGAUUUGUUGAGUGGGUUGGCCGAGGGACUGGGCUGUCAUGUGGAGCAGCUGGUUGCCCGCAGCAACAUCAUGACCUUGCUCUUCCAGUGUAUGCAGGACACCAUGCCAGAGGUUCGGCAGAGCUCCUUUGCCCUCCUGGGAGACCUCACCAAAGCCUGCUUUAUGCACGUUAAGCCUUGUAUCGCUGAAUUCAUGCCAAUUCUGGGCACCAACCUAAACCCAGAAUUCAUCUCUGUGUGCAACAAUGCCACCUGGGCCAUUGGGGAGAUCUGCAUGCAGAUGGGAGCAGAGAUGCAGCCUUAUGUGCAGAUGGUUCUCAACAACUUGGUGGAGAUCAUCAACCGACCCAAUACCCCCAAGACGCUCCUAGAGAAUACAGCCAUCACCAUCGGACGCCUGGGCUGCGUGUGCCCGCAGGAAGUCGCCCCCAUGCUCCAGCAGUUCAUCCGGCCCUGGUGUACGUCCCUCAGGAACAUCCGGGACAAUGAGGAGAAGGACUCCGCCUUCCGGGGCAUCUGCAUGAUGAUUGGGGUGAACCCUGGGGGCGUUGUGCAGGACUUCAUUUUCUUCUGUGAUGCGGUAGCUUCCUGGGUGAAUCCUAAGGAUGACCUGCGUGACAUGUUUUAUAAGAUACUCCAUGGCUUCAAAGACCAAGUGGGACAAGAGAACUGGCAGCAGUUCUCCGAGCAGUUCCCACCUCUGCUGAAGGACAGAUUAGCUGCGUUCUAUGGGGUCUAGUUAAAGCGGGGAGACCGUACUAGGUUCCUGUCUGCCUUGGGAGGGGAAACUUGAGAGCACAUCUGCCUCCAGGUGUUGUAGUGCCCUGUUAAUGGGGGGUUAGGGAGAAUGAAGUGGGACUCAAAAACAAAUGCCUUCCCGGCUUUACUGACAUUUCUGUGGACUGGGGGACCCUCCAUGAUGAUUUUCUAAACGGGGGACUUCUAGGCCCUCCGCCCCCCCCCCCCCCAAAAAAAAAAGAGAGAGAAAAAACCCAAAAAGGAACUCAAUUUUUGGGUUAUCCUGGCAGCCAAAGUGAUGCUGGCCACAUGGGGGAGGAGGAGGUGCUGCAACCUUAUUAUUUUGGAGGAGGAAGGGAAGCAAUUGGGCAAUGGUAGGCAGGGGGUCUUUCCCUCAGACACCACAAAAGCAAAUGCUGACAUACACACAGGGUAGGUGUAAAGAAAAUUAUAAACCUAAAAGCAUGGGGGAGGGGGGCGGGGGGGAGGAAUGGGCCAAUAUUCUAAAGCUCCAGCUGUGGCGGAGCAUUGCUGUGGGGAAGCAAGGGAGGGCAACCGCGCCCCCCGGGCAGGGUGAUACUGCUGCCCUCCUCCCCCUGCUUUCUCCCCUCCUCCUCCCCCCAACCGCCUCUCCCCCCUCACCAUUUUCUGACUGCAUGGUGACAAUUAGAGUAGCAAAUCCUGUGAGUAGCCCAUAAUGACUUUCGGUGUAACGUUUCAUCUAGCUUUCAAAAGCUUCUGCAGUAGAUACUGUGCAUUUGUUGGGAUAAUGCAAUGGGGCAGGGGCAGGGCUACUGGGGUCGCCAACGUGUGGAUAGGAGCCCUAGAACACCUCAAACUCUCUGGAUCCACUUCCGGGAGCCGGUCACCAAAGGGGAAUCUAAUUUCUUGGCCCCGGGUCCUGCCAAGCUUGGCCAGUGCUGUAGAGAACCGUGCUUUGGAGAAGCCACAGCUCCUGGUGAAAUUUCUCUCAGCUGGUUGUACGGCCGUAUCUGGCGACGCGGCUAAGGCGUUUCCUCAACCGUCUCCUCCUAUACAAAGGGAGGGAAGGGGUGAGCCGAAAUAGCUGACCCAAAGGGGUGGGGAGGGCAGUGGUUGAUGGGCGCUGAGUCUGUUCUAGCGUCUUAACUGUGAGAGCUAAAUGUUUUGCUUCUUAGCUGAGUUGAUGCUGUCAGUGGAUAAGCAGUAAGAUAACUGAGCAUAAUAUGACAAAAUUUAGCCUCCCUCUCCAAGCCCUUUUAUAGGCAACUAUCUAGGGUUUGGGGUUGUUUCUUCUAAGUCUGUCUUCUGUUUCCCCACCCUUGGUGGGUGGGAAUCUCCCCCCACCACACACACUUUUUCUCUUUUUGAUGUUUGAGUUCUGGUUUAAAUGCUGAGGGUCUGAAGUUUGCAUGUUAACAUGAAGACAGAAGGUGGUACAAAGUGGCUGAGUUGAUAGAAGCACCCAUCUUUUUUUUCCCCCCUCCAUGCCCUGGAAUGGAGAGGGCAGCAGGAACCAGCUGAUCUUAGAUGGGUUUUGUCCUUCCAUCAAGCCCAUCUCUGGGACAUUUGGUCUGGGAUUUUCCUCUUCUUCCCAUGAACUUCCCAUGAAUUCUGAGACUCAGCUGAAAGACAUGCCUGUGACUCCCUGAACUCCCAUCAAAGAGCUGAGGGGAAAAUUCCGAGAGAAGUGGGACCAGCUUCUCUUUCCAGCCUGGAGGGGAGAGGGCACCUGUUAUAUUCCGCUUUGAGAAUCAAAGGGACGAGGAGUUGGGGCUCGUCCAAUAGUCAAAGGAACAAGGAGAUGCUUUGGAACCAGUUGCUGCUAGGAGGCCAACUGGGGCAGUGGGGAGCCUUUCCCUGGCCAUUGGGAAGCAACUUGGGUUGCCCACAGAGUGGCGGGAGUGUCUCAGAAUUCGGGGGACCCAUUGGAAUUCAUUAGCAUGGUCAUCGUCAACUUCAAUUUUACUGAACUCCCUUCCCGGCCUCUCAUUUGGCUCCUUUCGCCCAGCAGCUUCUAGCGGCAUCUCUCCUUUUGCUCUCAGAGCUUCGUGUCGGGAUCCGAUAACCUAGGGCUCUGGGAUCCAGAGACCUCUCGUCCAGCUCGACUCCCUUUCGCGUCCAGUGUAACGCCCACAACCCACCCAUCACAUGCAUUCCAAACUCUGCCUUUUUGUUUUAUUUUUUAAUUUUACCUGGUUAAGAACUUGAGCAGGUCUCUGGAAGCUGUUGAAAGUGGCUUUUUUAUUUUUUAUUUUUUUAUUUUUAUUUUUUUUUAAAUACAGUUGCUUUGGAGAAAUGUUUUUGCUGUUCUGGGCCGAGGGAGGGUGAGAGGUGGUGGCUGAGUCUUCCUCCUCCCUGCUUAGAACCAGGGUUCCAAGUUCAGCUCCACAGCCCCUGUGAUGGACUUGGGGAGCUGGGCUUGGGAUUUUAAAAUUGUAUUUAACUUUUAAAAUUUUAAUUUAAUUUUGUUCUUGCACAAUAAAGUUUCAGCCUCUGCUUGUUUGGGUUGGAUUUUCCUUUCCUUAGGUAACAGUGCCGACUGGUUUUUAGCCUUCCUGUCUUUUGAAUCCUCGAUUUGUACAUUUGUAAAUGUGCCGUAAUGUUUCCUAUGGUAAAACUGCCGUGGAUUUGUGUUACAGCGGCUGCUUGCACCUUUUCUCCAAAUGAGAUUGUUCUCAUUUUAUGUAUUUUUUUUUUAAACUAAAAACCAACUUCUUGUGACACCA